AUGACAAUAUCAAAGCAGUCCUCAUGGUAUGCGCGGUCAUCAGACAUUUUUGCAGCUGGUAGCAGUAUAUCAGCAACGACAGUGGAGUGGGCAGUGGUUGAAUUGCUUAAAAAUCAAGUUGUGUUGAAAAUAGCACAACCUGAAACGAGAGAGGCAUUUCACGAUAAAGGGAAUGUUGCAGAACGAGGCCUCUCUGUGAACUGCAAUACUUUCAGCCAAGUCGACAAGUCAUCGUUAAGAUGUGGCCAAUUGGCAGAGAUCCAAAGCAAUGGGCUGAAGCUGAGAAGUUUCAUCCCGAGAGAUUUGUGGAUUCAACGGUUGAUCACAUGGGGAAUGACUCACUUUUUGCUAUUUGGUGCUAGAAGAAGGAUAUGCCCUGGCAUGUUAUUUGGUCUAGCUGAUAUUGAACGUCCACUUGCACAAUUGCUAUAA